AUGUUCCCUGUUUCCAAACUCAUACGUUUGCGCACAAACCCAAAGUUACAGGAUGACAUCGAAAGAAACCUGAAAUUGCGCGAUGGAGCAUCGCGUAUCUUGGCUGUGGCGGCGAACACCAUUCAACGUCUUGAUGCCGCCAAAACUAUCAUUGUCAGCAAUUCGCGUUUGGUGGUUUCCAUGCAACAACUUCAGCGCGAGAAGGCGGAUGAAGCAAACGCUGCCUCCGCUACAGUCAGCCAUGGCCAUCAAGGUCUUAGUUCUCCUGUUAUGCCAAGCAAGCAUUUCUGCACUGGCAAGGCCACCCUCUGCCUUUCAGGCAUACGCAUCCCACUCCUGUGGAAGGAUACUUCACUGACUCCCAACGCAUCCUCGGCACUCAAUCGGCUUCUUGAUCCCUCCUACCGUUGGGCGUCUGGGGCUUCAAGUAGCCACUUUUCCACUUUUGGCCGACAGCAGCGACCGAUCUCGGCUGUUCUUUCCGUGGCAGCCGUAGGCGCAUUAGCUGGAGGAGAGACAUCUGGAGAAGUAUGUUCGGCUUUCUGCAUCGUUCGUGUGGGUGAUCAAAUUCGGGAGACUCGACUUCUCUGUGAAGUAUACCCGGGCUCUGCCGACCUCGAGUUUGAUGACGUCCUUACUUUUGGCGACGUACAACCCAACUUCGAAUGCGGCAUUGAGAUUUAUGGCUGCCAGUCUUCGAAUGGGCAGGGAACCAACAGUUUUUUACGUCGAAAGUCUCAGAUAGAUUGCACUUCUGCUGCCAAUCGCAACUCGGUCUUCCUCGGCACGCUCACCCCUGAAUAUGCCAAAGUAGGCACUGAAUAUUUGGGCGAGAGGGUUAGCGCCCAUCCCUUGGAGCUCCUCUCUAGCCACGGUUCCUCCCUCCACCUCUCUCCUUCAAGCUCCAACUUUCCUUUCUCCAAUGCCUCCGCACUCCAUACUAGUGAGGAUGUGCUACCCCUCUUCGGUCCUAUCUGUUUCUCCCUUACGGCCCUACCGGAUUCUGUGCAGAGACCCGUUCUCUCUGGGUUGCUGUGGAUUAGGUCUUCCCUUAAGAGCAAUCGCGAGAGUACUGAAGAACCGAUAAGCGAAGUGAGGCUACGCGGCUCAUCGUCUAAGGUAGUUAAGAAACCGCUCAAGAAAUGGGAUAUACAACUCAAAGUGGAUCCGGUAAUCCCAAGUUUUUAG